AGAUACCGCACAUUUUGUGGAUUGUCUAUGUUUUUGGUUGUCUUGGCCUUUUUUUCUUCUUCUUGUUGUUUUGAUCGUUUUUAAUCAGCAUGCAGCCCGAACGGAUGUGGCCGUGGUCCCAUCGCCCUUUGGCUUGAACUUUAUCUCGGUCCGGCUGUCUGAGUUGCCAAAAGGGCUGAGCUGAGAUCAACAUCUGGCAAAGUUCCCAAGCCAAGGCUGAAAUACCGAAACCCCCCAAGAUGGCGACUGCUUCAGGCCCAGCGACUUAUUUCUUCAACGACAGCAGCCUACCCGAGCCGCAGCGUCAAUACCUCAAGGGGCUAGCCGAUGCCGCCGCCACUCAGAACCUAGACGAGGACAUACGCGACUAUGUCCGGGCCAUCACCAUCGCUUUCACCGUCCUGGCCACUGUCGUGGUCGGGAUGCGGUUAUGGGCAAGACGACUUCAGGGCGCAAAGAUUAUGAUUGAUGAUUAUGCCAUGUUGGCAGCUCUUGCUUUGCUGUUUGGCAACAUGAUCAUCAAUCUCAUUCUUGUGGAUCAUGGUAUCGGACUGCACUCGGGCCGUCUCCCGUAUGAAUCGAUCGAGUUUGUCAAUAGGACCAUGAUAGGCGCGGAGCUCCUCUACGUUACUACCGUCAAUCAGUACAAAAUUGCUCUCCUCCUCCUGUACCUCCGCAUCUUUCCCAUGGCCCAGGUCCGAAAGGGCGCCAUGUGGUGCGGCGCGUUGACCCUUGGCUGGAUGCUCGCCUGUUGGAUCGCCGCCUGCCUGCAGUGCGUACCUCUGGUGAAGACCUGGAAUCCUUGGGUCGAGGGUCAAUGCAUCAACCUCUUCCUGACCCAGCUGUGCAUUUCGGUACCGAGCAUCAUUGUCGACAUUGCCAUCCUCGCCUUGCCGAUUCCUCAUGUGCUCAAGCUCCAGUUGAGUGCCUGGCAGAAAUACCUGGUCAUCGGCACGUUCAUGCUUGGUAGCUACGUCGUCUUCACCAGCUGCUAUCGGUUCAGGAUCUUUCUGGAGUAUACGACAAACGAUGUGCCAUACUCAAUCGCCGAUGGACUCGCCUGGAACAUCAUCGAGCUCAGCAGCGGCAUUGUCUCGGCCUGCUUGCCCACUUUGGGUCCCAUCGUCCGUCUCGGAAUCAAGGCAUUUGGCAGCGUGGCCGACGCGACCGGCUUGUCCGGUUACGCCAAGUCAUCCUCCCGAACCGGCAACGGAAUGUCCACCGACCCUCACGCGAGCGGGAGAUCCCGUGGCAAGAGCUGGUCCAAGCUCGGCGAGGCGGGUGGUUCUCGCAACAACGAGGCCAAGGGACCUGUCCACACCAUCGGGUCCCAGCCGGUCAGGCCAGGCCAGCCUCGAGACAGCGACUCGGACAUGGAGUUGCACAUCAUGAGAGACGUCGCUGCACCUUCGCAGGUUGCUUACCGGUAAACGGGUAGCAUAAAGCAUGAUGUGUGUAAUUGAAUAAUUAUUUUUUUGAUGGCGAGACGUGUCACGUGCUACGUUGUGUAAGACUUCCCUUCCCAUGUAUCGUUCCUGCUGUUUCUGGAGAGCAAAGUUUUUUGUAUUACGCCAGCAGGCAUCAAUGAAUGUACAACAUGUUCACAGUUCUGUCAAUCUCUAUCGUCAAUCGAAACUCAAUCGUCAUCGUCGUCGUCGUCGUCGUCAAAAAA